AUGAACAAUGAUGAUUUUCUCGAUUGGAAAGGUGUCUGUUCUCAAAUGGGUGUAAACAUAACAAAGGAUGAAGAAGGAAACACUAUCAAAUUUGCAGACUUGAAAGUUGUGAAAGUAGAUAAAAAUCAUCCUCGAGCCAUAUUUUUUAAAACUUCUUAUGAACAGCAAGAGUUUAAAAAAGCAGAAGUGAUAAGAAAGAAAAAAUCUGUAGAUGUUGAAGUGAAAAAAGCGUAUGACGUAAAACCAGCAUUAAAUAAGAAGAAAAAAGACGGUUUGUUGGAGUUGAUCAGAAAAAAUGCCAUUCCCAGAUAUUACGCUCCUUUUUAUAACUCUCUUUAA